GUGCAGAUUUACACGUUGUUUUUUUCCUAGUUAAAGUCUGUGAUGGAUUUAAAAUCCACGAGGAUUAUUUUUUUUUUUUCCCUCUAAUAGCACUUAUUUGCAGGAUUAAGCUCUCCAUUAUUUGAUGUUUAUUCUUUCUGUGUUUUUAUAGGAAAAUGGAAAUCGCCACCCCUCCAACGUCAAAGUGUAUUAUAUACUGGAAAAGAAAAGUCAAGUCUGAAUAUAUGCGUCUUCGGCAGCUCAAGAGGUUUCAGGCGAACAUGGGAGCUAAGGCUCUGUUUGUGGCCAACUUUGCAAAGGUUCAUGAAAAGACUCAAAUUCUGAAUGAAGACUGGAAGAAGCUUCGAGUCCAGCCGGUGCAGUUGAUGAAGCCGGUCAGCGGGCACCCGUUCCUAAAACAGUGUACUGUGGAGAGCAUUUUCCCGGGAUUUCCGAGCCAGACGCUGUACAUGAGGACCCUGAACACAGUGGCGCUGGUGCCCAUUAUGUACUCCUGGUCCCCUCUUCAGCAGAAUUUCAUGGUGGAGGAUGAAACUGUUCUGUGCAAUAUCCCUUACAUGGGAGAUGAGGUGAAGGAAGAAGAUGAAACUUUCAUUGAAGAGCUUAUUAAUAACUAUGACGGGAAGGUUCACGGCGAGGAAGAAAUGAUUUCAGGGUCAGUCCUCAUCAGCGAUGCCGUGUUCCUGGAGCUAGUGAAUGCCCUGAAUCAGUACUCGGACGAGGAAGAGGAAGGACACAAUGAUUCUGAGGUUAAACAAGAGGAUGGGAAAGAGGAGUUGCCAGUCACAAGGAAGAGAAAGCGCAUUGCAGUGGAAGGUAACAAGAAGUGUUUGAAGAAGCGGUUUCCAAAUGACAUGAUAUUCACUGCCAUUUCUUCUAUGUUUCCUGAAUACGGCUUCCCAGAUGAUAUGAAAGAGAGGUACCGGGAGCUCACGGAAGUGUCGGACCCGAACGUGCUGCCGCCGCAGUGCACUCCCAACAUAGACGGGCCGUGCGCGAAGUCGGUCCAGCGGGAGCAGUCCCUGCACUCCUUCCACACCCUCUUCUGCCGCCGCUGCUUCAAAUACGACUGUUUUCUGCAUCCUUUUCAUGCUACUCCUAAUGUGUACAAACGAAAGAAUAGAGAGACCAAGAUCGAGCCAGAUCCUUGUGGAGCAGACUGUUUCCUCUGGCUGGAAGGAGCCAAGGAGUUUGCUGCGCUGCACAACCCCAGGUCCAAGUGCUCAGGCCGGCGCCGCCGGAGGCACCACGUAGUGGGUGCUUCCUGCUCAAACACCCCGGCUUCCACCAUCGCUGAGACGAGGGAAGGCGACAGCGACCGAGACACGGGCAACGAGUGGGCCUCUAGCUCCUCGG